CACCGGGCACUGCCUUCGAGUCCGCUGUGGGCUGAACGGGAGUGGGGAGAGGGGGCGGCGGCGGCGCAGCGCCCUCUGCGGUCUCGCCCGGGAAGGCCUCGAUUGUUGUCAGUAGCCCCCUAUUCCUGUCCGCACGCCCACCGCGCACUGGAGAGGGGUGUUCCGGGGCGGGCGAAGGGCGGGAAGGGGGGCGGGUCAGCGAGGGAGAAAGGAAGCGGCCGUGGAAGCAGACGGGGCUCGCGUCCCGCGGUGUGCCGGCAGGGGUCUCCUCGUCGUCUUCUGGCUAUGGGGCUGCAGCCCCGGCGCGCCACGGGGUUCUGUCCGCCUGCGGGAAGAUGCGCUGCCCUACCCGGAGCGCGCACGGCGGCUGCCUGGGCCCGCAGCGAGGAGCCGGAGGGUGCUCCCGGCCGCACCACGUCCCGGCCGCCCAUUCUACCGGCCUCUGCUGCUUCUCCUGUCGCUGCUCGGGCACAGCCCAAGAAGCCGCCGCAGGCGACAACACCCAAAAAGGCAGCUCCCCGGCCCGUGGAGGAUAAAGCGGCGAGGAAGGCGCGGGGGGCGCCGCCGGAGCGGGCGGGGCCCCUAUCCAGUUCCUGGCCCUGCUCUUCUUUACAGCGGCGGCCGCCGGACGAACAGGGAGGACGCCUACAGCCCGCCGCUCCUCAACCGCGGGGCCGCCCGGGGGCCCCCGGAGCGAGCAGCCGCUCCUGCGAGAGCCUCGGUGGAGCGGAAGGGGAGGCUGCCCUGCGCUUCUCGUUGAGCCUACCACCGGAGGCUGUCCGUUUGUUGCAGCGCCGCAGCCAAGAGCGGCAGCGGGGGCAGCUAGCCCCGUCCCCUGGCGGCAGACCGGCCCCGGCUUGGCGCGGCGUCGGGGCCGGCGGCAGCGACUUGCGCGCACUGCUGAAGAUUUCGCUGCUUAACGACAGGCACCGCUACGACGAUGAGGAAUAUGAGGAGGAGGAGGAGGCGGCGGGGGCGGGGGCCGCGGUGGAUGAGGGACUGGUGCGGAAGUGCACGGAGUGGCUGCGCGGCGUGGAGAGCGCUGCCAGUCGAGACCGCUCCGACAGGCUGGGCACGCUGCCGCACCUGGGCACUCUCUGAGCCCCGUCGAGGGACCGGGGCUGGGGGAACGGCAGGCGUCCGGGCCUGUGGAAGAGGCGGUGCAGCCAUCCACUGUCCGUAGCUGUUGUGUCCUUUGUAGUGUCUCUGCGCCGGGGGAGACCCGGCGAGUGCCGGUAGGAACUAGGUGGCGAGGCACACGCUCCUGAGCCCCUUAGCCGUUCGGAAGCGCCGUUGAGGCGAGAGACAAAGGAGAGGCGUCGGCUUCCGCCCGCCAGCGGCCGGGUGCUGGGAGCGAGAGGAGACAUAGUGGACGUCCUGUUACCCCCCUCGGUUGUUUGUUUUGGGUGUUUGGUUUUUUUUUUUUAGACUUCUGACUACUUUCUAAGAUGUGCGUAAUGAUUUUGUACAUUUGUACAUAAAAGUUCAUUUUUAUUUAUUGGAAUAAAUUACUCGAGUUCUGUGUUGCAGCAGCCGUAGCACCUUGCUAGCUUCGCGUCGUGCUCUUCUUCUUGCGGCUGUGACUGCGCGUGGAUGUCUGCGAGAGGCUGUCGGCUGGUGUCCGUAAAGGGAGCGACUGCAGUUCAGAACACUUGUUUGUUUAGGAUGGCUGCUGAUCACGGCCGCUGACAACUCCGCUGCGAAGACCACGCUAAGGCGCUGGAUGCCUCAGCGCGCAAACGCAGCGCCGGGGGUUCAGCGAGACGGGUGGCCCGGUGCGGCACCGGCAGGAGGGAUAACGAGCAGAAGGCAAAGGGUCCCCCCGCCCCCCACCAUUCCCCGCGGAUCCCUUCAGACCCCCUGCCGAGGGGAGGUGGAGGUAGUGCCGGCCCCGCGCCGUGUCGGCUUGGUGACGGGUAGCAACCCUCCUGAGGAGAAGCUCAGAGAACAGGAGGAUGGAGGCAGCGGUGUGGUCUGAGGCUGCUGCGAUCGCUUGCUCGCGAGCUGGUACGAAGGGGAGGCGGGAGGAAUCGUAGCGGCAGCAUCCUUUGUCAACCUUCCCCGGCGAGUACCCGGCCUCCCACACCCGACACCUGCUGCAGCCGCCCUAGCCUCCCGCCACUCCAGGCUGUGACCGUACCUGAUUCUCAUCAGGAUUCUGUGUUGGAAGAGGCGAGAAGGAGACGAGAGAAGCUAUGUGUGCAAAAAAAUACUAGUGGAAAUGAAAGGGUAAAAGGUAAAUCUUAACAGUCACACCGUUGUUGUCUUGGCCACUUACUGCCACUCUCACGCUGUGAUCUAUCUUCUCAAAAGUAAGAUCCAAAUAUUUGCUAGGGUAUAGUAAGCAUUUCAUAAAUGAAUGCUUGAGCAUGUAGGAACAUGUUGAGUUUAACAGAGUGAAUCAGUUCAAUGUCAUAAACUGGGAAUCACGUAUUUCGUAUAGAUGUCAUUUCUUCACACUGAAUGAUGUCAGUGUUGACUGUGUUAAGAGAGAAAGCUUUCUAUAAAUUAGUUGGAUAAUAUAGUGGUGUGCUACAUUUUGCACAGUAUUCCCUUUCACUCCAGUUUGUUCAAAUAAUUUUUUCCUCUAUUUCUUUGUUUUCCACCUGAAACCUCAAGAGUGACAGGAUAGAUGCUUUGAGAAAAUAUUCAAUAACUGCACAGAACUAUUGAAAAAAAUAGCAAAGCAAUAUAAUACAGGUUUGAAAUAGCUAUGCUCCUAGGCCAGAGAAAAGCACAGGACAUGAGAAAGUAUGGAGAGUAAUUCUACCUAAUUUAUGCAAGUAUAGAAUCAUAGAAUCAGUCAGGGUUGGAUCAUCUAGGAUCAUCUAGUUCCAACCUUCCUGCCAUGGGCAGGGACACUCGCCUAGAUCAGGCUGCCCACAGCCUCAGCCAGCCUGGCCUUAAACACCUCCAGCCAUGGGGCCUCAACCACCUCCCUGGGCAACCCAGUCCAGCCUCUCACCACUCUCAUACUCAACAACUUCCUCCUCACGUCCAGGCUGAAUCUCCCCACCUCCAGCUUUGCUCCAUUCCCCCCAGUCCUGUCACUCCCUGAGAGCUUAAAAAGUCCCUCCCCAGCUUUUUUGUAGGCCCCCUUCAGAUACUGGAAGGCCACAAGAAGGUCACCUGAGACCCUCCUCUUCUGCAGACUCAACAGCCCAAACUAUUUCAGUCUGUCCUCACAGAGUAAUUUAUACUAGUAGCUAUGAAGCACAUGUAUCUUCAUAUCAUUUUAACUGAGUCUGCAUGGAGUUCUGCCAUAUUCAUUAAUUUUCAAUGUUUCAAUUAUGUCUUAACAUAAAUUUGCUUUAACAAUUGCAAAUUUCAUGUCAAGCUUACAUUGAAUUGAUAUCAGACACGCUUUUGGGCUUCUUUUUCCUUCUAACAAUGAGGAAAUCAGUAGUAAUUGAGCUGUAGGUGAGUUUUCGUCUUGUGUAUCCUCAGCAAAUAAGAGUUUGGAAAGGAGCAUCCUGGACUCUUACAAAUGUUGCUCCUGAAAAUUGCUCCAUGCUUUCAUAUCAACUAGAAUCAGUAUCUCCAACUGCAGUGACAAGUGAUCCACUCAUUAAGGACCAGAGAAUGAUAAAGCUUACUUGUGAGGCUGAAAACAGCUUUGUUCAGAGUCUGAUGUGUGGCAGGAAAUGCAAUAAAUUAGGAUACACAACAGCAGCAAAUGCAACAUGACUUGGAAGUGAGGCAGCUGAAAAUAGAAAAAAUAUCAAGCCUGACAAAAGAGGACCAUGCCCAAAGUGCACCAGAAAGAAGAACUUUGGCACUUUCAGAACUGCCUGGAUAGCUAUUUUGGUUUCUAAAGUUUAAUUCGAACAAGGCUACUCCAAGAUCAUGCAGCUACAAUCUUUUGUGUUAGGUAAGACAUUGUAUAAGGUAACUGGAAGUGGGCCAGAUGUGGGCUCAUCUUGAAGAUGAGGAUAUGCAGUCCUCAUACUGGGCUGGAUGUUAAGAGCUUCUGGGCUCUCUGUAGUCACAUAAUUAAUGUCUGCUUGGAACAAUACCUUCUUCACUGAAUAUUAACAUGAAGAUUUCUUACUGUCAGCAUUGCUAACUUGGUGCACCCUUUUAAUAACAUAGAAUCACAGAAUCAGACAGGUUGGAAGAGACCUCCAAGAUCAUCCAGUCCAACCUAGCAUCCCAGCCCUAGACAAUCAACUAUACCAUGGCACUAAGUGCCUCAGCCAGGUGCUUCAACACCUCUAGGGACAGUGACUCCACCACCUCCCUGGGCAGCCCAUUCCAAUGCCAGUCACUCUUUCUGUGAAGAACUUCCUCCUAACAUCCAGCCUAGACCUCCCCUGGCACAACUUGAGACUGUGUCCCCUUCUUCUGUUGCUGGUUACCUGGCAGAAGAGCCCAACCCCCACCUGGCUACAGCCUCCAUUCAGGUAGUUGUAGACAGCAGUGAGGUCUGCCCUGAGCCUCCUCUUCUCCAGACUAAGCCCCAGCUCCCUCAGCCUGUCCUCAUAAUGACAAAUGAUGCCCCUAGUGUUGGGAAUAUUUUCACCUGAAAUGCCCAUCAAUUUUGUAAGUGGUAUUAGAGCAGACAGAGGAAGUAAGUUCUGUUAAUUUUGCAUGUCGCUUGCAUCUCAGUAUUUUUUCAGUUAAAAAAAAAAAUCCAACCAACCAACCAACCCACCAAACAAAUAAAAGAACAACCACACACACAAAAAAAAAAAAAAAAAAAAAAAAAAAACCACCAAAA